AAUUUUGUCUUUUCUUUUCUUUUAUACCGAGGAUCAUUGCAGCGUAGGAAGACAUGCCUGGACGUGGGAAAGCUGCGAAGGACUGGUGAAGGAAGUUGCCGAACAUGAACGAAAGGGAUUUUCCUGCACAUAUGACAAGUAAUGUGUACGGAUUGUGACAGUGGUCCUCGCGGAAGGCGUCUUGGUGCCUCCUCUCGUGGGUUUCCUUGGAAGUCUUCAUCAGCUUCUUCAGAAGACAUUCCAUGACUUAAUGUUUAGAUGUCUUGAUGGACAUGGGACCUUUCCCAGACAUUUGACAAGCAAUGUCUGGACGUGCCAAGGGAAAGGUGGGCAGAGGAGGUGCGUUGUGGGUAUCCUUGGAAGUCUUCAUCUGCUACUUCAGAAGACAUUCCAUGACUUUUAGAUGUCUAGAUGGACAUAGGACCUUUCCCAGGCAAUUGAUUAGCAAUGUCUGGACAUGCCAAGGGAAAGGUGGGCAGAGGAGGUGCCAGUCACUACAUCCACGAAGGCGCUUCACAACAUCCGGAGAGACAGUGGUCCUGGCGGACAGGAAGGCGUCUUGGUGCCUCCUCUCGUUCAAUGUCUGGACGUGCCAAGGGAAAGGUGGGCAGGGGAGGUGCCAGGCGUCACAGUCACAGAGGCGCUUCACAGCAUCCGGACAGUGGUCCUGGCGGAAAGGAAGGCGUCUUGGUGCCUUCUCUCGUUGUGGGUAUCCUUGGAAGUCUUCAUCAGCUUCUUCAGAAGACAUUCCAUGACUUGUAGAUGUCUAGAUGGACAUAGGACCUUUCCCAGACAUUUGACAAGCAAUGUCUGGACGUGCCAAGGGAAAGGUGGGCAGAGGAGGUGCCAGGCGUCACAGUCACAGAGGCGCUUCACAGCAUCCGGACAGUGGUCCUGGCGGAAAGGAAGGCGUCUUGGUGCCUCCUCUCGUUCAAUGUCUGGACGUGCCAAGGGAAAGGUGGGCAGAGGUGGUGUCAGACGUCAGUCACAAAGGCGCUUCACAACAUCCGGAAAGACAGUGGUCCUGGCGGAAAGGAAGGCGUCUUGGUGCCUCCUCUCGUUGUGGGUAUCCUUGGAAGUCUUCAUCAGCUACUUCAGAAGACAUUCCAUGACUUGUAGAUGUCUAGAUGGACAUAGGACCUUUCCCAGACAUUUGACAAGCAAUGCCUGGACGUGCCAAGGGAAAGGUGGGCAGAGGAGGUGUCAGUCGCUACGUCCACGAAGGCGCUUCACAACAUCCGGAGAGACAGUGGUCCUGGCGGAAGUCGUCUUUGUGCCUCCUCUCGUUCAAUGUCUGGACGUGACAAGGGAAAGGUGGGCAGAGGAGGUGUCAGUCGCUACAUCCACGAAGGCGCUUCACAACAUCCGGAAAGACAGUGGUCCUGGCGGAAAGGAAGGCGUCUUGGUGCCUCCUCUCGUUCAAUGUCUGGACGUGCCAAGGGAAAGGUGGGCAGGGGAGGUGCCAGGCGUCACAGUCACAGAGGCGCUUCACAGCAUCCGGACAGUGGUCCUGGCGGAAAGGAAGGCGUCUUGGUGCCUCCUCUCGUUGUGGGUAUCCUUGGAAGUCUUCAUCAGCUUCUUCAGAAGACAUUCCAUGACUUUUAGAUGUCUAGAUGGACAUAGGACCUUUCCCAGACAUUUGACAAGCAAUGUCUGGACGUGCCAAGGGAAAGGUGGGCAGGGGAGGUGCCAGGCGUCACAGUCACAGAGGCGCUUCACAACAUCCGGAGAGACAGUGGUCCUGGCGGAAAGGAAGGCGUCUUGGUGCCUCCUCUCGUUGUGGGUAUCCUUGGAAGUCUUCAUCAGCUUCUUCAGAAGACAUUCCAGGACUUGUAGAUGUCUAGAUGGACAUAGGACCUUUCCCAGACAUUUGGCAAGCAAUCUGGACGUGCCAAGGGAAAGGCUAGGUGGGCAGAGGAGGUGCCAGGCUUAUCUCCACGGUGACAUCCAGAACGAUCGGUGCUGAGUCGUGCUUGUACGCCCUGCCAGAGGACAGGAUAUUGUUAAGUUCUUAUUUGCCUUGGAGGUGUUAGAUAGCUACAUGCUGCAGAUACAGUGCGCACUAAUGUGUCAUAGCCAUGAUAGGAAGUAAAUGAAUUUGGAGAUUGCAAUUCUCAUGCUGAGCUUUGUAGUCCGUAGGUGGUCAGGACAUUUUGUGAAUGGAGGCUCCUUUUGCACUCAGGGAUUAGUCUGUUAAUCUUGGGUCCCGAACCAAGAGUACGACACAGGCCAGAAAGGAAAACAGUUGAUAUUGGUAGUUUAGUUCUUUAUCAAUUCUAGCUAUCGACACAGUCAAAGAUAUUGAAUCAGUGCAGAAUGCAAAGUGCACACCGUUACAGUUAUCACGUAUGAUGUUAGACACAUGUAGCUUAAAAGCUUCAAGAAGAAUUCAGUAGAUGUCAAUAUUGCUGGUCCAUUGUACAGAGGUAUAUUGAAGCCAUUUAAAUCAAUCCUUUGGAAAUUGCCUUACAUAAGGCUUAAUAGGCUGGCGCUGUCACUAACACAGUGACACACACACACACUAACAUACUAACCCCGCAAAACACACACACACACAUUAACAGACUAACCCCACCAAACACACACUAACUUACAUCAGCGCAAAUGCCUUUAAAAACUUGCAAUGAUUCUUUAAGUUCAAAGGCUCCAAGCUAUCUCUAUACCAUGUACCGGUAAUAUAGAAUUACUGAAUCUAGGCUCUUUUAUCCAUAUCCUAGAGUAUGGUAUUUCUUGUGUGGUUUUGAAAUGUUUACACUUUGCAUUAAUCUAUUUUGCCAAUAAAUACUAUUAAAGAAGUAUGUUGAAUCAGCCUAUUAUUAUCAGGUGUGUAGUGUUUGUUUUACACCCGA